CACACGAUGUGUCCCUCCGCGCGCAGCACGGGGACUUUUCGGUGGGGAUUUUGGGCGCCGACCAGACGCGGCAUUUUCGGAAAAUAGCGCCCUGUGCAGCUGAAGCGCUUUGUGUGUAGCGGGGCCGCGUCAGCCCGGCCGGGUACGAAGCGCCUCGGGUCCCCGCACCACCUCCUGCUGCUCCCCCGUCGCCGCUCCCGAAGCUUUUCCAGAUGUCCCUGGUAGAUUUGGGAAAGAAGCUUUUAGAAGCGGCACGAGCAGGUCAAGAUGAUGAAGUUCGUAUUUUGAUGGCAAAUGGAGCUCCUUUUACUACAGACUGGCUGGGAACUUCUCCCCUUCACCUGGCAGCACAGUACGGGCAUUAUUCUACCACAGAAGUACUACUUCGAGCUGGUGUAAGUAGGGAUGCCAGAACCAAAGUGGACCGAACGCCACUGCAUAUGGCAGCUUCCGAGGGCCAUGCCAGCAUAGUAGAGGUUUUGCUUCAGCAUGGUGCUGAUGUCAAUGCAAAGGACAUGUUAAAGAUGACAGCUCUACAUUGGGCCACCGAACACAAUCAUCAAGAUGUGGUGGAGCUUUUAAUCAAAUAUGGUGCUGAUGUACACACACAAAGUAAAUUUUGUAAAACUGCAUUUGAUAUUUCAAUAGACAAUGGGAAUGAAGAUUUAGCAGAACUAUUACAGAUUGCUAUGCAGAACCAAAUCAACACAAACCCAGAGAGUCCCGACACUGUGACGAUACAUGCUGCAACACCACAGUUUAUCAUUGGACCUGGAGGGGUGGUGAACCUAACAGAUGAAACGGGUGUGUCUGCUGUUCAGUUUGGAAACUCCUCUACGUCAGUAUUAGCUACAUUAGCUGCCUUAGCUGAAGCAUCUGCUCCCUUGUCCAAUUCUUCAGAAACUCCAGUAGUGGCUACAGAGGAAGUAGUUACUGCAGAAUCUGUGGAUGGUGCAAUUCAGCAAGUAGUUAGUUCAGGGGGUCAGCAAGUCAUCACAAUAGUUACAGAUGGAAUUCAGCUUGGAAAUUUGCACUCCAUUCCAACCAGUGGAAUAGGUCAGCCCAUCAUUGUGACCAUGCCAGAUGGACAACAAGUAUUAACAGUACCAGCAACCGAUAUUGCUGAAGAAACUGUUAUAAGUGAAGAACCACCGGCUAAGAGACAAUGUAUCGAAAUAAUUGAAAACCGGGUGGAAUCUGCAGAAAUAGAAGAGAGAGAAGCUCUUCAGAAACAGCUGGAUGAAGCAAACCGAGAAGCACAAAAAUACCGGCAGCAGCUUCUAAAGAAAGAACAGGAAGCAGAAGCAUACCGACAGAAAUUAGAAGCUAUGACUCGUCUUCAGACUAAUAAAGAGGCUGUUUAAUUGAAAUGGACAUGUUGUUUGAAUGUACGUUUGGUGAAGAAAGAAUACAAUCUUGAACUGUACACAUUAAGGUGCAGUCAUAGGAAGACAGAAUGAUAGAAGAGACUACAGAUUGAUAAUUGGACUUAAGCCAUGCGGUCUGAAUUCUUGUAACAUAAAACUUUCGAAGUUGUCAAAUGUAUUUAAAAUUGAAUUUUGUAAAUAGUUUUUGUUGUUUUUUUUUUACAGUUCUAAAUGAGUUGAUAAAGAUUGUUGAAGAGAUCCAAAAACACAAUAAGCCACUGUUUUUGUGAAUUCUUUUUGAUUUUAGUAUGAACCUAAUUUCUCAGAAAACAGACAGUUUUAAGGGUGAUCGUUGUUUAGACCAAAUGUUGUGUAAUAAUUAUGUGGUGGACUGAUGCUGGAAUUACUCUUGUAGGUAUAAACUUCUAUAUGAAGAGAAGAUUUCUCCUGGGAAAUCUUUGUACAGCUUUAAGUUGUCUCAGAUUCUCUGAAAACAUUUUUUAGAAAACAAAUUUUUAUAUUUGUUCAACUUCAGCUAUAUACCCAAGUAGAUUUACAUGUAUAUGAAGCAAAUAUUUUUUAAACUUUGUGUUUGUACAUAUCCUGCAUGUUUUAUAAUUUCAAAAUGCAUCACUUGCAUAGGUGUUUUUCCCACAAAGAUGAUGAAAGUUACUAGGGAAAAUGUAACACCUUUUAUUCUGUAGGUCAUCUUAGCUAAGUAAACUAGCAGCUGGUUUUAUUGACAUGAUAGUGUUCUUGGAAGGAGCAGCUUACAAGAUAACUUGAAUUUGCAAACUACAAAAUCUAUGCUUUUUUUUGAAAAUUUCAUAGUGGGGACGUGAAACUGUAUUCUGUGCCUUCCAUCAUGAUUUCCACAUGAAAGCACUUUAAGACAGUACAUUUUAAGAUAAUGUUUUUUGAAAACUCAGAGCAUAUGGGUUUCUGAAAUAUUUCAUGGACUCAUUCCCCGCCCUCCCCCAGGAAAUUAUUCUUAUGGAAAAAAAUGCUUUUGUAUGUAGAACAAGAACUUUUUGUACUACAGUGAUGCUAUAGAUAUGUCUACCAUAACUUCUGCCUUCCCCCGUGAAAGCUGUGUGUCUGUGCUGUCACUUGCUCUCAUCACAAUGUUGUUGAAUUCCACAAUGUAUGAACAUUACACUCUGACAUGCUCUUCAUUCUUCUUUGUAAAAUGUAACUUCAGACCUUUUUUUUUUUUUUUUUGCUUUAUUUCUUGCAUUAAUAUUUUAUUGCUUUAUGAAAAUGUUUAACCCUAAGGCCCUCCUAGAUUAUCUAUACUGUAUAAAGAAGCAGUUACCCUUAAAACUACUCUGGCCUACUUUUCUAUUUUACAAUUAAAUAUCUUUUCCACAUA